AUGGACGAUAUUGGAUUAACAUCAUCACCAACAAUUAUAAAACCUGUUUGUUCACCAUUAAAUAAUAAUAGACAACGAAUAGAUUCUGCGUCUGUUAUACAACAAGCAGAUGUAUCAUCAUCAAGACCAGCUUUACUAGCUUAUGAUGCACUUGGACCACUACUUUUUGAAGCUCUCGAUGGAUUUUUCUUUACAAUUAAUCAUAAUUCUGAACUUGAAUUUAUUAGCGAUAAUGUUGCACAGUAUUUAAAAUUUUCUCAAGAAGAACUUGCCGGAAGAAGUCUAUAUCAUUUUGUACAUCCGAAUGACAUUGGUGAAUUCAAUAAAGCUUGGGCAAAAAAAGAUUCCGGUGAUUCUUUAGCAACACUUCUUAACAAUAAUGAACAACAAACAAUUCAGUCACGUGGACGUACAUUUCAUUGUCGUAUGAGAACAAAUGAUGAUUCUACACCAUAUGUUCGUAUGGUUAUAUCUGUUGCAGUUCAUCGUGAUUCAUUAGGUAGUGAUAAAACAUUUUUAAUAUGUAUUGCUCGACGACCAUCAUUAAAUGAUCCAAAUGAUAAACCAUCAUUACUUGGUUUUGAUCAAUUUUCAUCACGAAUUAAUCUAAAUUAUGAUAUUGAAAAUUUAGAUUCAAGUCAUAUGAAAAGUGAAACAAUUGAUAUGAAUUUUCAUGGAAAAAAUUUUCGUGAUUAUGUUUAUAAUCAUGAUAUUCCUUCAAUUGAACGACAUUUUGAAGAAGUUAUUGAAAAAGGUGAAGGAAAAAGUUCAGUAUAUCGUUUUUGUCUUCAUGAUAAUGUUUACGCAUUUAUAAAUACACGUAGUAAAUUAUUUCAUAAUUCAACAGCAAAUAAAUCUGAUUCAAUACUCUCAACACAUACAAUUGUUCGUUUAAUUGAAAAUAUUCAUGAUUUAAAUGGUAAUGCACCAGCACGUUUAAUGAAAUCAAUUAUUUCAUCAAAUCGGGAUUUACAACGAAAUAAACAACAACAAUCAGCAUCAAAUAAAACAAUGAUAGCAUCACCAGCAACACCAAUUGGUACACAAUUUGCCUUAACUAUGUUAGGAGCAAAUCAACAUGCAUCAAGUUCUUUACAACAACAUGUAUCUAGUACAUUAGGUACACUAAUACAAGUACAAAAUUCAUUAUCAACAUCAACAAUAAAUAGUCCAAAUGAGAAAAUGCAACAACAACAACAUCCACCAACACCAUCACCUUCACCAAUACAAAACCGAUUAAUUGCUCAAAAAUCAUCUACACUUGAAAAUGUUUCUUCAACAGAUACUGUUGAAUUUGGUAGUAAACGAACAUCAUUUAGUCCUACAUUAGGCUCUGUACAUUCCAAUCAUGGUAGUAUUUCAUCACCAGUUAAUACAUUUGAUAUAUUUUUUUCUUCACCAACAUCAGUACCAACAAAUUCGAAUGAUUUAAAUUCAUUUUUAUUAUCACCAACAAAUCCUAAAAAUUCAUCACCAUUCUUUUCUAACAAUGAUAUUUAUACAACAUCAUCAAGUCCAAGAUCACAUUUAACAUCACCAUCAACACAACAUUUAUCACGUGGUUCAACACGUUUAAGACAAUUAUUAACAAAUAAAUCUCCAUCAACAAAUGAAAAUGUAUCACAAACAUUACAUUAUAUAUCUGAUGUUAAACUUGAAGAUUUUAUACAAGGACCAGAAAGUCCAACAACAACACAUGUAUCACCAUUAACAACUGAAUUAUCAUCAACAACAACAACAACAAAACGUCGACGAAAAAAUAGUUCGACUUUAAAUGAACAAAUUAAUUCAACUGAUAUAUUACUUAAAAAAAUUUUAGGAAGACAAAGUUCAUUUUCAACAUCACCUGUUAAAACAGAAUCAAAUCAUAGUGAUGAUAGUUCAUCAAGUGGACAAACAACAAAUAAACAACGUAGCGAUAUUUUUCUUCGAACAUUACUUAAAGAUGAAGUACGUCCACAAAAAGUUGUUGUUGAUACACCAUUUGCAAUUGGUGUACGACAAGGAACACAUCAAUAUUCAACAAAUAAUACAAAUGUAUUAGUUGAAAAUAAUAAAACAAAAAAUAAUAAUAUUAAUAAUACACGUUUAACAUUAAAAACUCAAUUAUCAGAUAUAACUGAUAUUAAAACAAAGAAAAAACAACGACAAAAUUCAACUAAUUUUUCUAAUCAAAAUAAUCCUAUGCCCAGAAAACCUGGUAGACCAAAACGAAAUCCACCGGAAUAUCUUUUAACAACAACUCAGAUUCAAACACCACAAUCAACAUUAUCAGAUGGAUCACUUGAUGCUCUAUUAGAUUCGACAGCAAAUCUUGAUCAACCAAUAACACAAACAUCACCUAAUCUAUUACGUCGUACAACAAGACAAACAUCAAAUAUGACAUCAAUGAAUUUAAAACGUCCUUCUGAUAAUGAUGAACAUUUACAAGUACCAAGAAAAUGUUCAAAAUUACUUACAGAAGCACUUCAAAAAGAUUUUAAAGUUGAAUGUCAAGAUAUUUCACCAUCAACGGCAAUUGCCGCUACUAAAUUACUUAGUCAGUCAUCUCUACCAACAAUUAAAACUGAGCCUGAACAAUAUGAUCAUAAUCUAAAUUCACCAUUAUCACAAUCUCAAACAUGUCGAACAAUACCAUCUAAUAAUAUAAAUCCAUCAACAUCUAAUACACAAUCAUCAUUAUUUCGUACAUCAACUCGUACAUCGCAAGCUUCAUCAAUAAUAACAAAAAAAGAUGGACCAUUAUAUGAUUUAUUAGAACAUUUUGAUACAACAACAGCACUAGCAAAUGAUAAUUCUCUAUUUUCUGGUCAAUCAUCAAUGAAUAAUUCGAUUGAUACAUUUGAGCAAUAUUUAACACCUGUUUUAUCUCAAACACCUAUAUCAAAUAAUAAUAAUAAUAAUAAUAAUAAUAACAAUAAUUCAUCUAAAGAUGAUUAUUUAACAGCAUUAUUAAAUUCUGAUCCUCAAAAACCCAAUGAAAUAUCAUUUAUACCAACAAAUAAACAACAAACAAUUAAUGAUAAUAAUCGUAUAACUGCUAUAGCUCAUGAAUUAUUUAAUUCAACAACAAUAGCAAAUAAUUCACAUGAUGAUUUUCUAUCAUUAUUAGAAAAUAAAGAUUUUCUUGAAUGUUUAAAUGAUUCAACAGCAAUUGAUUCAAUAUUAUCACAAAAUUCAACAAGUCUUAUUGAACAAACAUAUCCAUCAACAAUGACUAAACGUAGUGAAAAAGAUGAAAAAGCUAUUAGUGAAAUUUAUAAAACACUUGUUACUUCAUUUAAUCCCGGUUCAUCACAACAAUCAUCAUCAUCAAUUAUAGACCCUUUAUCUGUUGAUAAUAAUUCUUCUAAUUCUAUUACCGGUGACUUUCUUUUUAAUGAAAAUACGAAUCCAAUUCCAUCAAAUCGAACAGUUAAUCAUGAUUCAUUAUCAUCAAUGUAUUGUCAAUCAUCUGUUCCACCACCUUCAUCAACAUUUCCAUAUUCAUUAAAUAAUAAUCAAUUUAUUGAUGGUCUUUCAAUGGAUCUACUUGAUAAUGGUGGUUCAUUUCCUCCAAAUGUAACAUUAUCACCUAUGAAUAAUUCUUAUCCAUCACAAACACAAACACUUAUGAAUACAAAUUCAAUGAUGAUGUAUUCUCAACAAUCAGAUCCACAUAUUCAACAUCGACAAACACCAAAUCAUAUUUAUCGUCAACCUUCACAACAACUACCACAGCAAACGAUGUAUAAUAAUUAUGUUCAACCACCACCACCAUCAAAUCAAGUUGCUCCUGGUUAUUAUUCAAUGCCACCAUCAUCAGCAAAUCAACAACAACGAAUACAACCUGCUAAUCAUCAUCAUCCAUCAUCACUAGUAAAAAGACAAACAUUAAUGCAACAGCAGCAACAACAACAACAACAACAACAUCAACAAAGAGCUGCAGCACAUCAACAACAAGUUCAAUUCCAAAUGUCAAUGAAUGUUACUAUACCUCAUAUGAUAACAAAUCAACAACAACAACAACAACAGCAGCAGCAGCAGCAGCAACAACAACAACAACAACAACAACUAACACAUCGACCUAUGAUGAAUGGAUACAAUGAUUUAAUCAUGCCAAAUAACAAUAUGCCACAAUUUCAACAAGAUUAUCAUCAAUAUACAAAUAAUAAUUCACUUGAUCUUUCCUAUAAUCCUGAUCAUUAUAUGUCACCAUCAUCAACUAUGGGACAACAGUCCAUGCAAAAUCGUCAUAUGAAUGUUAUGCAACAUCAACAACCUCCACCACCACAACCUUCAUCCUUGCCUCCUUCACAUCCACAAGCUGCAAUGCAUCAGCAAUAUUCUAAUAUGAGUGUAGCUCUUUCGGCAACUAUACAACAAAAUUCACAUAAUUCAAAUAAUCUCAUGAAUCCAUCCAUACCUAAUUUAACGCCUGCUGAAUGUCGUCAAUCCGAAGAACUCAAUAAUCAAAUGAUGAAUUGUUUGAGAGAUUUUAUAUUAUAUUUUUUUCUUGAUAGUUUUCAACCUGUUCGAUCGACUAGUGAAUUCGUACGUAAACAAUUACAAAGUACAAUACAAGGACGACAAAAACCAACUGGUGGAAAAGAUUUAUCUGGAGCAACAGGACAUAAUUCAUUAUCAGCAAAUCUUGAUUGCAAUCAAAAAGGAGCAUUUUUUCGAACUCAUUUAACCUCUCAAAUGUCAACUCCCCCGUUACAAACAACAGUAAGACCUCAACAACAAGACAAACCAACAUGA